CCCCCUAAAUACAAGUCAAAAUGUUUAUUUGUAUGGUGGUUAGUAUGUCUUCAAUUGUGUAUUUUUAUGCAUCUUUCUUUCUUCUCACCUUCUAAUCUAUUUCCUCCUUCCUCCAAUUAAACCUCCAUUUAUUUCCACUAAUCAUGAUUAACCCAACACUUUAAUCAUUUUUCUUUUUUUUUUUCCCUAGACAUAUAAAUACACCAAAAUAGUACCCUUACUUCUAGGACACUCACUAACAAGCUAAUACAAAGUAUAACUUACACAAGACUUAUAAUAUAACUAGCAAUAUAUUGCCUAUUUCCUUCAUUUUAUUUCUUCAUUUCUUUGUUUGAACAAGAUGGGAUUUUUUUCCUUAGGGUGUUUUGGGUGUAAACCGGGCUCGAACGACGACCGUGUUACACCGGAGAAGGUGUCGGUACACGAUGAGGCGGUGUCGGUAGGGGUGGUGAAGAGGUAUAGUUGGGUUGAAAUAGAGAAUAUGACCAUGAAUUUUAAGGAAGUGAUUGGUGUAGGAGGGUAUAGCACAGUUUACCUUGCUAAAUUCCCUGAUUCUUCCUUAGGUGCUGUCAAGAUUUACAAUAGCAGUGAAAGACUUAACCAAGUUUUCAAGAGUGAAUUAGAGAUCUCUCAAAAACUUCAUCAUUCCAAUAUUGUCAAACUCCUUGGUUAUUGUGAUGAAAGAGAUGAAGGAGUGUUAGUUUUUGAGUACAUACCUAAAGGGAACCUACAAGAGGAGCUACACGAGCGCAAUCAAAUCCCGUCUACAUCACCACAUAAGGGAGGAUAUGGUUUAAAAUCACAACAACUCACUUGGAAACAGAGGAUUUCAAUAGGAUAUCAAUUAGCACAAGCAUUGGAAUACCUUCAUGAGAGUGGUGACCUCCAUAUAGUUCAUGGGGACAUAAAGUCCUCGAACGUGCUCUUAGACGAAUGUUUCAACUGUAAGCUCUGUGACUUCGGGUUUUCGAAGAUGGGUUUCUCAUCAAUGAUCAAGCCACCCUCAUCAUCGCGCAUUGCUAUGAUGGGUUCACCAGGGUACAUAGACCCACACUACCUUAUGACAGGGAUCGCGUCUAAGAAGAAUGAUGUAUACAGCUUCGGAGUCAUACUGUUAGAGCUUAUUACAGGAUUUGAGGCCUUUAUUACCUCAGGAGGUGAUCAGCAAGUGCUUCUGACAUCGAUUGUUCGAACAAAGGAUACAUUCGAUGCUGAAAAGGUGUCGAAAAUGGCCGAUCCAAGAAUGGUUAGAGGGGAAGGGUUUGACAGAGAAGAGGUUAAGGCUAUGGCAUUCAUUGCAAUGGACUGUCUGCAUCAUUUGCCUAGUUUAAGGCCUUCUGCAUCAGAAAUCUGCAAGAGUUUCAGAGAAAAACUCUGUUCUGGUGAGAAACUGUAGAAGUAUAAAAAUACAGUUGAUUUUUCAUAGAGUUAGGAAUAAUAAUGUCAUGCAAUCUUGUAUAAAGUAUAAAAAGAUGCAAUCUCACAAGAGAUUUUAGAUUAGAGGUGCUUUCUAGGAGUACAGAAAAACAGCAGGAAAAGAAAAAAUCUGAUCUGAUGCAGAUUGGAAAAGGGAAAAAUGCAGUUUGUUUGCAUUUUUGAUUGGUUUGAUUUUGUGAAUUGAUUGUGAAAAGUUUUGAUUUUUUGCUUACUUCAGAUUCUUCUUUUGAUCGUUAAA